CAACGACGUCGUUUCUAGGUUUUAGACGAACAGCAGAGAAAAGAUGCGAACCCGCAUUCCAAAUCAUCUCGUUCUUCUUGUUCAAUCUUCAUCCUCCAAUCCAAUCCCAAAUCCACCAAUCGCGUUAGGGUUUCCAAACUUGCACCAGUCCCUCUUCGCUCCACCCACCGCCACCGCCACCGCCACCGCCACCGGUGCACCUCUUUCUCCUAAUUGCUGACUCGCUGCUGCAUCCAACGAUGCUCGCAAUUCCUCGGCGGAGGAGGAUGGUACUGAACUAACUCCCAUUGGCGUCGAACUACCACUUCAACAAUGUUUCAGUUUCAUCCUCAAGGAGCUUCUAAACAAACAUGUACUCUGCUUGCUGUUACUUGUGCUGCAAGUUCUGUUGAGCAUAAACCUUCUCAUGAACAGCUCAAAUUCCCUUUCCCUGAGUUGGUUUCUGCAGGGCGUCUUGAGGUUCAAACUCUAUGCGAUCCGGAGAAGGAGCAGUUUUGUAAAGUUCUCGAGACGUAUCAACCUAAUAUUGUUUACUUACAAGGGAAGCAGCUAGGAAAUGGGACAGUAGGUUCACUGGUUUGGCAAGGGGUGGAAUUAUCCACCCCCGAAGAUAUAGAAGAGCUUUUCGGUCCCACAUUGCCCACGGCUGUUUAUUUAGAAAUUCCAGAUGGAGAAAGUUUUGCAGAGGCUCUUCAUCUUAAGGGAAUCCCAUAUGUUAUAUUUUGGAAAAGUGUUUUUUCUUGUUACGCCGCCUGCCAUUUUCGUCAAGCAUUUCUUUCAGUGGUGCAGAGUUCAUCUACACAUACAUGGGAUGCUUUCCACCUUGCACGAGCCUCUUUUGAACUUCACUGUGUUCAAAAUAAUCAAGUACUUCCUACUGACAGCAAUGAUGAUAGUAGAGAGGUGGGACCACACCUUCUUGGCAACUGUCUCAAAAUCAAUGUUGACCCUCCGGAGAUGGUUGAAGAAGAUGAUGAAGAAAGUUCCUCAGGCAGUCUUCCUGCUAUAAAGAUACAUGAUGGUGAAGUGAACUUGAGAUUUCUUGUCUGCGGUGCACCUUCCACUGUUGAUGAGUCAUUGCUGAAAUCUUUGGAGGAUGGACUCAAAGCUCUUUUGACCAUUGAAAUGCGUGGUUGCAAGCUCCAUGGCAAAUUUAGUGCCCCACCACCACCUCUUCAGGCAGCUGCUUUUUCUCGCGGAGUUGUGACCAUGCGUUGCGAUUUAUCAACCUGCAGUUCUGCACACAUCUCACUUCUGAUAUCUGGCAGUGCCCAUACUUGUUUUAAUGAUCAGCUUUUGGAGAGUCAUAUAAAAAACGAGAUAAUUGAGAAGAGUCAACUAGUACGUGCACAACUCAACGACGAGGGAAACAAACAGAAUAUCUCUGAACCUCGCAAAUCUGCAUCGAUUGCUUGUGGAGCAACUGUAUUUGAAGUUAGCAUGAAGCUUCCCCAAUGGGCUUUGCAGAUUUUGAGACAGCUAGCACCUGAUGUUUCAUAUCGAAGUUUCGUUGCACUUGGCAUCGCCAGUAUUCAAGGGUUGCCAAUCGCUUCUUUUGAGAAAGAAGAUGCUGAGCGCUUACUUUUCUUCUAUGAAAGCUGUGAGAAAGAUAGCUGUGUAAACAAAAACGAUGUUGUUUUCAGCAGUCCACCAGUUUGGUUGAAACCACCCCCUCCUACGAGAAAGAGGUGUGCACCAAGCCAGGGGGCUAGUCCUGGCCUUCAUGAUGGCGCCUUUGCUGGGCAGGGUGCUUUUCAAAAAGUAGAUGAAGAGGAAAAAGGUAAAAAAAUGGUUAAUGGGAUGAGCACACCCUUAAAUCCAGCUAGGCAGAGAUUAAAAGUAUCUGCAAUGCGGCCAAUUCCUCAUGUUGGUCGCCAAAGAAUGACACCUUUCUGUCGACCUAUUGAGACAAAUGGUUUUGAUGGUGCCCAAGUUGAGCCUAUUUUGCCACUUGUUGCCCAUACAAAGCGUAGUGUUGGAUCAACAUCUGCAACACAUAAAAAAUCAUUUUCUAGCUCAGCUCAGUCUAAGCAAGUUAUUUCAUUGAACCCAUUACCUUUGAAGAAACAUGGCUGUGACAGAGGCCCAGUACAGACCUGCCCUGAGGAGGAAUUUCUUAAAGAUGUCAUGGAGUUUCUGAUUCUCCGGGGACACAGUCGACUUAUUCCUCAAGGAGGGCUUACUGAGUUCCCUGAGGCCAUACUCAAUGGAAAACGCCUUGAUCUCUACAACUUGUAUAAAGAGGUGGUUACCAGGGGAGGAUUUCAUGUUGGCAAUGGCAUCAACUGGAAGGGACAAAUCUUUUCAAAGAUGCGCAAUUACACAACAACCAAUAGAAUGACCGGAGUUGGAAAUACACUCAAAAGACAUUAUGAAACCUACCUUCUAGAAUACGAAUUAGCACAUGAUGAUGUUGAUGGAGAAUGCUGCUUGUUGUGUCACAGUAGUGCAGCCGGGGAUUGGGUGAAUUGUGGCAUAUGUGGUGAGUGGGCUCACUUUGGCUGUGACAGAAGGCAGGGCCUAGGUGCAUUUAAGGAUUAUGCAAAAACAGAUGGGCUAGAAUAUAUAUGUCCUCAUUGUAGCAUUACAAAUUUCAAGAAAAAACAAAGUGUUACUAAUGGGUAUUCUCAUGGGUCAAUGUCAUCACGACCCCUUUGAUAGAAGAGUUUUUCCGAUGCCCUUAUGUAACAGCGCUCAACUAGUUACUUCCUUUUGUGAGAUUUAUCUGUAAUCAUUGUGUUUUAGAUAGAUUAGUGAAAUGUAGGAUUAAGAAAAUGAGAAUUAGGUUUAAUCGACGAGAAUGUCAUUAGGAGUAGGCUCCCCUUAACCCUUUCCACAUUUGUACUUGAUCAAGGGGGAACAGAACUUCGUAAUUCAGAUUAUGGAACUCCUACCACUUUAGAAUCCCGUCAACCCUUAAUUGUGAGAGUGACUUGUAGUUUACUUUAUUCCCACUGUCCUAAAAAUGUAUAGUCUUAUAUGUGCACGAAACUUGUUUAUAUGAUUUAAUAGAUAAUUUUAAUGUCUUUUUCUUUCA